CGUCAAACAUAUUUCGUAGAUUGACAAAAGAUUAUCGUCAAACAUAUAUCUAACAUUCACAAACGGAAGCAAAUUUAACUGGAAUGUCUGUGAAACUAUUAGCCAUAACCUUGCUGGUGUUUGUUGUGUACAUUAAUACUGACGCCAAAGGCAUCAUAGAAUGGCCGGAGAACUGUAACGAAGAUUACUUCAUGUGCCCCAAUGGCGGGUGCUUCCCGAAUCUUUUUAGAUGUAACUCACUAAAUGAUUGUGGAGAUAAUAGCGAUGAAGAAGACUGUCCCCCUGACUGUGGGCACGAGAACGCUUUCAGAUGCACCAACGGCCAGUGUAUCCCAUCUUUCUAUGUAUGUGAUGGCCGACCACAUUGUUACGACACAAGCGAUGAAGACUGUGCACGUGACUGUAAGCAACCGAGACAGUUCAAGUGCGCCAAUGGCAACUGUAUCUCAAGACGUAGACUCUGUGAUUCUGACGAUGAUUGUGAAGACCAAAGCGAUGAAGAUUAUGAUAUGUGCAGGUUUUAUUAUUAGGAUGGUGAUGACGAAGAUGACGUUGGCAAUGAUGAAGAUCAUAAGACGUAUGAGAGACAGCAUACUAUGUAUAUGCUGCAUCUUUAGUCAAAACCAGAAUAAUGUGUGUUUUUGUUCCAAUGUAUAUCUUACUGUCCGAUAAUUAACGUGUGUUUUUCCAAAAUAUUUUGUGCUUUUGUUUUAUGACUUGUUUUAUUUUAAGUCGUAAUUUUAUAUUUAAAUGUUAGAUGUUUUUUUUAUUAUAAAUUGAAGAGAUCCAAUAAAAGCAAUAAUCAUUCCCAGACAAUCUAAUAAAUCCGACUUAUAAUCUUAGUUAUCGAACUCACAGGAAAAGAAAAGAGCAUUGCCAUAUGUUUGAAUUUCACCAAUAGCAAAUCUAACAGCGGCUGGAACUAUAUUAGUCACUCCACUGACUGUUAUUUCCUUCUUAGGACGGGAUUUCCUCUAACACAUUAAGUUAUUUCUUGACAUCAAGGCUCGUUGACUACGACCACAUCCUGCUUUUCUUUCUAGAUUUGCUUCCAUUGCUUUUCAUCAUCCGAGAACAAACAUCAAUAA